AUGAUUUAAUAAUUGCAUCAUAGAAUUGGAAAAGAAACAAAAGUAGAUUUUGCAGAAAAAAGAAUACGAAAUUUAUUUAAUGUUGAUAUACUAUAAAAUGUUCAAGUUAGGAGAUCUUAAUUUAUUCAUUAAAUUCAUCCAAAUCCUAAAUCACUUAUAUAAGAAGGUUAUAUUGUUCAUUCUAUACCAUUAAGAAACUGUGAUAUUAUGAAAAUAUACAAUUAUCCAAAGUAAAAAUUAAAUUAUAGUCCACUUCAUACAGGAAAUGAUCAAAAUCCUUAAAUUACUUAAGUAAAAAUUUAAAGAAUUAUGACUACUGCAAAAAAAGAUAGAUAGAUUAAAAUAUCAACUGAUAUUCAUUCCAAUACUGUAGCCAAAAUGCCUGCUUUUUACACUAAGCAUUAAUGUAUCAUAUUAUUAAGUUGAGCCAACAGU